AAGCGGGACGGGUAGUCCUUUCGCGAAGAUUUUCGAUUUUUCGAGCGGUCCUUUCGGAGUACAAGAUUUUACGAAUGACUCGUCGCGUUGGAAUUGAGAAACGUCGUACCCUCGAACUCAGUGCGAGUGUGAGGUGCAAGGAACCUGUUUACACGAAUUGCUUGAUGUUUGGUUAUGUCGGGACUCAAAAAUGGGAACUUGGAUAUGCACGAAUUCACCGUUGAUUUCAUAGAAUUCCUUUAUUUCCAAGGAGUAACAAGGGCUUUCGAUUGCCUAUAAUGGAUUAUGAAUCAGCAGAAACACUGCUGUCCAUUAAAAAUGGGGGUUAUCCGAGCGUGGAUGAAAUCAAGACCGAAAUUGAUGACGACGAAAUGAUGGAUGCCGACGAACGACCUGUUUCUAAUCAUUCGCUAGAUAUGGAUACCGAAGACUCGGAACCGAUGCCAGAACUUGGGCCAGCUGCUCUGGGUUUGCAAAGGGUAGGCACUCAGCCUCCACCUAAACCAAAUCCACCCACACAACCGGUUCAAGUUCUGAAUCGUAGAGGAAUGCCAGCCAGGAUACGGAAAAAGAAUAAAUUGUUUUAUGAUGAUAUUUUAGUUAAUCAUCCUCAUCACAGAAUAAAAAAGGAUCCCAAUAAUCCAGAAAUGAAACAGUCUCCAAAGAAGAUUUCUAAACCAUCGCCUAUUAAGAAACCGAUUAAGUCAAUCAUCGAACCCCAGAAAAGGAAUAGCAUUCAGUCCCAAUCGUCUACUCCUGUUAUUACGCCGAUUAAAGAAGAAAAAGAACAAGAAAAAUCUUCGCAUCCAUCUUCACCUGACCGAAAAAUUGGUCAGAAAAUUGGGAUGCGACUGAGAAAUUUGUUGAAAUUACCAAAAGCUCAUAAAUGGGUUUGUUAUGAGUGGUUUUACAGUAACAUUGACAAGACCUUGUUCGAAGGUGAUAAUGAUUUCAUGAUAUGUCUAAAGGAAUCGUUUCCUCAAUUAAAAACGCGGAAAUUAACUCGCGUAGAGUGGUGUAAAAUACGGAGAAUGAUGGGUAAACCUAGACGGUGUUCACAGUCAUUUUUCGAAGAAGAGAGGCGAGAACUUGAAAGAAAGAGGCAAAAGAUUAGAAUGCUUCAACAAAGAAAAACGUCGGAUGUUAACACGUUCAAAGAUUUACCGCCAGAAAUACCAUUACAAUUGGUAAUUGGAACAAAGGUUACGGCAAGAUUACGGAAACCGCAAGAUGGACUUUUUACAGGAAGUAUAGAUGCAGUCGAUACAAGUAAUAAUACAUACAGAAUAACUUUUGAAAGAGCUGGGCUUGGUACACACAGUGUACCUGAUUACGAAGUGUUGUCAAAUGAAUCGCCGGAAACAAUUAGCGUAGCUUCUUUUGCACAAAAGUUCAGACCCCGUCGUGUGCAAUAUGUGCCUUCACCUCCUUAUGCGAUGAAACUCAUGUCUCCACGUUUGAACAGUGAUCCGCUAAUAUCCAAUGCUUCUGUAGCUAUUCCAAAAAAAUCUCACAUUGGUGUCACCAUUCAUGGUUACCCCUUGAAGCUACUCGAGUUCAUGGUAAAAGUAAGUAAAAUACUUGCUGCUAAGAAAAUAAAAAUUAAGAAAUUGAAGGAGAUGAACAGCGAAGCAGAAAGGAGAAGAUCAUUUGGGGAGCCAUUGCCAUCUGAUUUUGAAAAACGAUAUGCAAGCAUAGUGGUAGAAUUGGAGCGGAUGAACGUGGCUCUUCAGAAUUUCUUGAACGACGUUCAAGAAUUAUGUCAGGAAAUGGCCCCGGAACCAAGUGUGGCCGCUAUGUUGGCUCCUUCUCACCUUCGUGAGAAAUGUCGACAGGAAGCCGCCGAGAUGGUUGCUAGGAAUAACAUGAUCAAUGAAAAAGAACCCAAUAAAAUGAAUCAGCUUGUGAUUGAUCUUACGGCUCUAAUGCUUCAAGUCAAAAGUCUUUCUGAUUCAGAUCGAAAUGCUUACGAAUUGAAAGUUUUACAAGGAACGAUGGAACAAAUUCGAUCAAAAUUGAGUCCACAAAACCAAUUAGUUUUCCAAAACAGUGUUGAAAUACACAUGCAGCAUAUUCAGUUAGGUUUAGGACAAAUUGGUGCUUUAGCACCAUUCAUGGCUCAAAAGGUUUAAUGAUAAGGGUCAACGUCUACUGAUGAUUUAAAAUGAAUUCAAGAAGAUAAAGUAAUGAAUUUGGAAUCUUUUAAAUUCAUAUAGUAGAUUAAUUGCAAUUUUGUACAAAAAGAUAUAGUAAUCAUUGAGGAUUACCCGUGUACUUUUGGGAUUUACUGUAAAAGACUUGUACAUAUAAGGUAAUUUCUUUUUAAAUGUUGGUUUAUUUAACCGGGUAGUUUGUCUAACCGGUGUCAACACUUGGUCUAAUGUUAGUAGCGACUACAUUGAUAUCGAAAUCGCACUUUCAAUUUAUAGAUUACGCACGGCUAAUUGUCUCUAAUAAUAUCCAGUUUUUCAUCUGCCUAUUGAUAAAAGGAAUUGAAUAAGUAAAAUGGAAAAUAGUUUUAAGUUAUCGAAAUUCAUUCAUUAUUAUAAAUGAUGUAUGUUUUAUAGUGGUCUAUUAAUCAGUUCCAAUUUUUUUUACCGUUAUGUCCAUUGGCAUUGCACAACACUGAGAAUGCAUUACUAUUUGCGGUUUGUACAUUGCUCAAUAGUAUUUUUCACCACUAACUUAAUUUGUAAAUCGGAUUAUUUAUACUCACUCACUGUUUAAAGCCUUGUUAUGUAUAAAACAUGUAUAUGAAUGUGACUCGAUAUUGCGCUGAAAGUAAAACUAGUCGAGUAUUUUCAUAUAUGUCUGAAAACAAUACUAAUCGGUUUAAGCGUAGGUUCCAUGAAGAGUGAGUAAGUAGUUUAACGGUUGCUGUACAAAAAUUAGCAACUGAUCUUAAAGUUUAGAAAAGUGGAGAUGUUAAACAAAUAUUGUACAUUCUUAAAUGUAAUUGAGAGUUCAUAAUUUUAAUGAACA